GUGAAGAAGGUGGUGGCGCGGGGAAGGGCGCGUGGCGGCACCAGGGGUGUCAGUCACGGCCCAUCUGUCCUGCAUCGAGCACAUCUAUGGACAUAGUUGCUGUAACGAGCGUCGGUUCGAGUGUUGUACGAAAAAUGAAGUCGCAUCAGUCACGAUUUUCUUUGACUGGAAUGUAGACGUCUACGAUAUAUCGAAUGGAAGAAGGAAGAUAACGAUCGUCGUGAAAGACAGAGAGAGAGAGAGAGAGAAAGCGAGCGAGAGAGAGUAAGAGAGAGAGAGAGAGAGAGAGAGAGAGAGAGAAAGAAAGAUAGAGUGAUUGUUAGGUGAUCGAUUGCGUGAAACAACGUUCGAGUGGCGGCGAUUCGGUCGCGCGUGACAAACCAAAUGUUUCCCUCCGGUUUGCUGCUUGCAAGCUUUUUACAACAAGCAAAAAAAGGAAACGAAGAGCGGAAAGUAAUAUCGGGAUACUCUCGAGCAUUUAUUCAACGAUAAAACAAAAAGUGAAAUACCGAGAAACGAAAUCCUGGAUUUUAGGAAUAAAGUAUUUUCUCGACAACAAUAAUAAAAAAAAAGAGAGAGACAGAAAAAAAAAGCCAAAGUUGCGUUCCAAGAUAAAUUAUUGGCUGUGCGUUUAUAACGUAAACGAUAGUGUUCAUCGGUUGUAUAGAUAUAUAUGCAUAUAUACAUACACACACAUACACAUAUUUAUAUAUAUAUAUAUAUGUAUCUAUACCGAUACUGAUAUCGAUUCGUUUUGAAGAGCCGAGAGCAGAAAGAAAAUAAAGAAGAAAAGAGGGGAAAGUACGGAGAGAAGUGAGUGGGUUAAAAGAAAAAAGAAAAUCUUAAAAAAGUAUAAUAAAAAUGUUGCAAGAGGGUGUGAUCUCUUGUAAUCAAAGUUAAAAUUAACAAUUCGUGUUUCGUGUAUUCUUUUUUUCAUUUCCGAAUAGAUGCGAUUAUCGAUUAUCGAUUGUUACAUGCAAAAUAUGUGCAUGUAUAUAUAAAUACGGUAACGCAUGUGUGAUACGUAAUACUGGCAAUAAAUUGGCGCAUAUUAUUUCGUGUUGUUAAAUUAGCAAUAAACAAGUUCAGUCUUUCUAUUCGUCUUCUUUACCGUUUAAGAAAAAUUAAUAAGAAGAAGAACAACAACGUGUUCGGUGAAAAAUCGAGGAUAUUAAUAACCAGUGUGUUCUUCCUCGGCUAAACGACGCUGGUUCUACUUAUAUUUUUUGGGAAUCUCGAUUUCGGUGUGAAAUAAAAUUAAGAACAAACAUUAAGAAAAACAAAAAAAGAGGGGUGAAGACACGACAAGAUGGCGUUCGCCGCAGCAAGAAUGAUCCUCAAGGACAAGCGGCGGAAGGCCAGCAAAGAGGACUUCGCACCGCGUAACAGAAGCAAGGCCCGCAGCGCCAGUACAAGUAGCUUUAGAAGCCUGAGCCAGGCACGCAACAAACCAGCCGAUGGAGUAGGCCACGUAAAUCAGAAAGGUGCGGCGGGUCAAAAGGCACCGCUUGCUGGUGGACAAAAGGGUGCUCCUGGUGCCAAGGUUGCGUCGAAACCAGCACAGAAGCCAUCUGCUCAAAAAGGACAGGUCAAAGUAACCCCUAAGGCUGCCUCCGUUAAAACAGGAAAGAACAAAAAGAAAGGACAGAGGCAACAGUACGAUCUCAUCGUAACCAUAAACUUGUCCGAGUAUGGUCUCACGGAGGAUCAAGUCGCUGAAUUCAAAGAAGCAUUUAUGUUGUUUGACAAAGAUGAGGAUGGUACAAUCACCAUGGCGGAACUUGGCGUGGUCAUGCGAUCAUUGGGACAGAGACCAUCCGAUACGGAACUACGAGACAUGGUGAAUCAAGUUGAUCAGGACGGUAAUGGUACCAUUGAGUUUAAUGAGUUUCUGCAAAUGAUGUCUAAAAAAAUGAAGGGAGCAGAUGGAAAAGACGAGCUACGCGAAGCGUUUAGGGUAUUCGACAAGAACAAAGACGGCCUGAUCUCGUCUAAAGAAUUACGUCACGUAAUGACAAAUCUCGGGGAAAAAUUGUCGGAGGAGGAAGUCGACGACAUGAUCAAAGAGGCGGACCUGGAUGGCGAUGGAAUGGUUAACUAUGAAGAAUUCGUGACGAUCCUGACGUCGAAAAAUUAAUUUAUCGGUCGA